CAAUAGGGAGCGAGGGCGCGCGGCGGGCUCUGUGCCGGUCGGGUCCCGGUGCGAUCCCGGCCCGAUCCCGGUUCGAUCCCGGCCCGAUCCCGGUUCGGUCCCGGCCCGAUCCCGGUGCGAUCCCGGCCCGAUCCCGGCCCGAUCCCGGCCCGAUCCCGGUCCAUGGAGCCGGCCGAGGUGGAGUUCCUGGCCGAGAAGGAGCUGGUGACGAUCGUGCCCAACUUCAGCCUGGACCGGAUUCACCUCAUCGGGGGAGAUCUGGGUCCCUUCAAUCCCGGUUUGCCGGUGGAAGUGCCUGUGUGGUUGGCCAUUAAUCUGAAGCAGAGGCAGAAGUGUCGGCUCAUUCCCCCAGAAUGGAUGGAUGUUGGGAAACUGGAGGAAAUCCGGGAUCAGGAGCGGAAAGAGGACACCUUCACUCCCAUGCCCAGCCCCUACUACAUGGAGCUCACCAAGCUGCUGCUGAACUAUGCCUCUGACAACAUCCCCAGGGCGGACGAGAUCCGGACGCUGGUGAAGGACGCGUGGGACACGCGCAUGGCCAAGCUGCGCCUGUCCGCCGACAGCUUCGUGCGGCAGCAGGAGGCGCACGCCAAGCUGGAUAACUUAACCCUGAUGGAGAUCAACACCGCCGGGACUUUCCUUACCCAAGCCUUGGAUCACAUGUACAAGCUCCGGACCAACCUCCAGCCUGGCGAGAGCUCCCACUCUCAGGAUUUCUGACAGGGAGAAGGGAAGGAGCUGCUUCAUCUGUCCAGCUCCCACCUCCCUGCAGGGCCCUCCCAGCCCUCACGGCUCCGCUCGGGGCCGGCUGGGAAUUGCUCCAGAGCCUCGGUGCAGGCAGUGACUCGCUGGGCGGAUCUCUCGGGUUGUACUUCAGCGAGGGAACUUCUGAGGGCAGCACAGGCCACACGCUGCCUUGAAAGCCGUAAAUUUGGAGGCGGUGCUUCCAUGGAA